CUCUUGGGCCACUGUUUCCUCCAAGUCUUAAUAUUUUGAUAGUUUUUACAUCCCACGGCUGGUUGCAACUCCCAAAUUGUUGAAGCGAGUCGUGUCAAAGCCAACAAAGGCACAAAGCAUCUAAAGCCAAGUGUGAGCUUCUUCAGCCAUGCCCAAAUCUUUCUUGGUGAAACGGCGCAAAUCCGUGCGACGGCUAGGACUCUGGAAUUGGGGAGAACUUCCGGACCAGCUCCGGGGAGACAUGUACAUCCCAGGCAGCACAGCCCAAACCUUUGAAGAACCCAGUAUCCCCAGAGGUGAAGACAACACCAUCAUGUGGGAAAAGACCCACGGAGGAGACCCCCAAGCCCUCAUCCAAAGCCAGUUCCAUUCACAGCCAGGUGCCAUGGGGAAAUGCCUUCAGAACCGCAGGCCCCUCCAGGGCCGCGUUGCUCCAGUGCACACAGAAUUCCCAUGCGUCGUAUGCAACAAGCAUUUCCCGCUGCAGCGCAUGCUGAACCGGCACCUCAAGUGCCACAGCUCCAUUAAAAAGCACAUCUGCACAUACUGCGGGAAGGGCUUCAACGACACCUUCGACCUCAAAAGGCACCUGAGGACACACACAGGGAUCCGGCCAUAUCGCUGCUGUGUCUGCGACAAAGCCUUCACCCAGCGCUGCUCCCUGGAGUCCCACCUCAAGAAAAUCCACAGCAUCCAGCAGCACUAUGCCUAUCGUGAGCGCCGCUCCAAGCUCUUUGUGUGCGAGGAAUGUGGCUUCACCUGCAGCGGCAGCAAUGAGUACUACAGCCAUGUCCACCAACGCCAUCCUCUCAAUGGCCUUGAUGACUUCCGGAUGCCUGUGGCUCCUGGCCUCCACACAAAGAUCCACGUUCUCUAUCCUCCUGCAUACUGUGGUUGAGGCCAAGAAGAACUUGGGAGAUGCAGUACAAAAAGGUGAUUUGGGGCAUUCUGGGAGGUGCAGUCCAAAAAUGUAACAUUCCCAAACGUGGAUAGGCCUCUGUAUACUCUCUGAUUAAAAGGCCAAAAUUCAGGGCUCAAGAGCUAGUUUUAAGAACCAGGACCUGCCUCAGUUAUGCAAAGGAACAUAGUCUUGUUUGACAUCAUUGUAGGGAUAGCCAUGCUGGCCAUAAAAAAAAUAAUCCAAAAUCCAUUCUGUAAUGAUGAUAUCUUUGGCAGGCCAACCAAACCCAGCCAGAAAACUUCACGCUAGCUUUUGAAUAGCUUCCUCACCAGGUAGAGAUAGUAAAAUAGCACAGCCAUCAUGUCCUCUCUGGAGAAGGACUUCUCAGACAAGGAGGGGGAAGUGAUAUGAUAAACAGGCUCCAGUUGGAACAAGAGGAGGCUGGCGAUCCUGUCCUGGUACCGGCAGAAGCAGAGACCAGUCUAUACCAGGCAACAGAUUGAGCGGAGAAUACACAGGCAUUUCACCCUACAAAUCACUGUAAAUUAAAACACCAGUUGCAAAGGGACAGGAGACACUGAUCCCCUUUAAAAGGAAAGUGCUUGACAAGUUAGGUCAUCUGGGCUGGUUUCUGUUGGCUAUAAAUUAGAUUAGCCAAGCCCAUUUUGUUGCUGCAAACACUUCCAACGCUCCCUUACGACCAUGUCUGGCGUAUCUGGCCUUGUGGAUCUCUGACUUCUGGUGUGCCUUGGAUUAAUCUUUCUGGCCGUUUUUAAUACUUUAUUUAUAUUGGGAGGAGGUCUGGAGCCAUAAAAAACAGCCACUAAA